AUGCAAGUCAACACAGUGCCAAAUGUCAUCGCUAUAUUAUCUCCACUUUCUCUUGUUAUUUUGACAACUCUUCUGUUAACAUUAAUAUAUUUCGUCUUCAAAGACAAAGGUCUGCCGCCAGGCUCAGUUGGCCGGCCAUAUUUCGGUUUCUCGCCAUUCAUGAAUAAUACGAAUUGUCAUUUGAAGCUGCACGAGAUAAAGCAAAAGUAUGGAGAAAUAUCGAGUUUCACUUGUACAGGGAAGCUCUACAUCAAUCUUGGAAGCAUCAAAGCAACUCGGGAAGCAUUGAUACACAAGUCUGACUUCUUUGGAGAUAGAGUAACAGAUUGUGGUCUCAUGAGCUAUGUAUUCAUGAAUGGCAUAGCGUUCAUUAUUGGAGAGCAUUGGAAAGUCGCCAGGAAAUUUUUUCCUUCGGCCAUGAAAGAACGGGAUGCAAAUUCAAUUAAAAGUAGAAUAGCUGGUUCCUUGUACGAUUCCAUCAAAUCAACCAUCGAUGAUUUAAAAGCGAAGAAAGGAGAACCUAUAAAUCUGAUUGAACUUUUUACCACUAAGUGUAAUACAAUUCUACGUCUUACUUUAUUUGGUGAGGUAGGUAUUACAGAACAACAGAUUAAAAAGUUCAACGAGUGA